AUGGGUAAAGGUAAACCAAGAGGUUUAAACGCUGCUAGAAAAUUAAGAGUCCACAGAAGAGAUAACAAAUGGGCUGAUAAUCAAUAUAAAGCUAGAUUAUUAGGAACUGCUUUCAAAUCUUCCCCAUUCGGUGGUUCAUCCCAUGCUAAAGGUAUCGUUUUAGAAAAAAUUGGUAUUGAAUCUAAACAACCAAACUCAGCUAUUAGAAAAUGUGUCAGAGUUCAAUUAAUCAAAAACGGUAAAAGAGUUACUGCUUUCGUUCCAAAUGAUGGUUGUUUAAAUUUUGUUGAUGAAAAUGAUGAAGUUUUAUUAGCUGGUUUUGGUAGAAGAGGUAAAGCUAAGGGUGAUAUUCCAGGGGUUAGAUUCAAAGUUGUUAAAGUUUCUGGUGUUUCAUUAUUAGCUUUAUGGAAAGAAAAGAAAGAAAAACCAAGAUCAUAG